CGGAUACCCCUUCCUCUUUGCUUUGCGACACCAUUCCUGAGCUCGGCCCAAAAGGGAUGGUUGAGGUGUCCAAACUUCACUGUUGCAACUUGUACCCUUUUUAAUUGGAGAGGAGAGGCGUUUGCAAGUGACUCUCGCCUAAAGCCACGCUUGCAAGUUGGAAAAGAAGAAAAAAAAAACUGGUUCCGCCUUGAAGCCUUUUGGAAAUCAAAAACACUACAAGCACACAAGCAUUUCAUCAGCAAAAAAUGAUCAGAUUACCACCUAUUGUAAUAUGACAUUUAAAGUCCUCAGCAAACCAAAAAAACACACAACUUGUAAAACCCAUCAGGGAUUGACGGGACGGACUGACAACUUUACCAAUCAAACAUUGUCUUUUGGUUAUGGAGAUGUUGUUUUGUGUGUGUUGUUGUUGGAAAGCCUUAUAGUAACGGGAGGGCUGAACGCGUAACCCUUUUCUGGUUUAUUUUCCAAUCCUACUUUUCUAAUGCUUUUGCUUGCAAGUUGAGAGAGUGUUCAACAACAACUAUAUCUAUCAUAAUGUCAGCAAAUCAAACACUGUGAAUAUGUCAUUUACCCCUUGCGCAGUUUGUCUUUCCGUCCCUUCAACCAGCUAACUUGCCGGUCGCGCCCUCUACACGAGAGACAAAGGCUGCCGUUAAUAGUAGUGUGCUCCCACCUCCCCUCCACCACCACCACGCAACACACCUUCUUCAAGCCACGUAACCCACGCUUUUCACAAGUUCCCACUUGCAAACGACUGACAGUUCCUUUUUGUUGUGUGCGGAGUGGGACUCUAUAUAAAAGGACGAGGCACGACUGCACGUUUCUCUCCCAGCUUUCUCGUUCAAAAGUCCUUUGAGCGUGGAGCAUUUCCUAUUUUUUUUCACCUCACCCAGAAUACCCUUGCUUGCACAUCUUGCUCUUACAAAUUCAGCGAUAGUUGCAUCGUCGUCGUUCGUCGUCGUUUUAACAAAAAGAGUGUUUACCUAAAACGGCUCUUGGUUGCCUUGUAUCCCUUGUCGCUUGUCAGAUUGUAUUGACAAAUAUUCUACUGGCUUUGUAAAGCCUCUCUGCAAUCUUUCUCCUUUCAAACGCUUGUCCCUUGCUCACCCCGUCCCAGACAACACCUAGCAACUGCAGCUAGACGUCGCCUGCCUUUCACCUUUUAAGCCAACUUUAUGAGCAUCUUGCUUCAGCAACGACCGCGCCAUCCGACCAUGGGUGAGGGAAAGCUGUAUGAUGUUCCGUCGUAUGAGAUGGCGCCUUCUGAAGGGGGACCAUUGACCCAUCGCCGCCCGAGCGUCAGGGAAAUGCAGCAAGACAAUUAUAGUCGAGAGGCAAGGAUGUUCGAUCCUGCCUCUUCAACGGGUGCUAGUCGCGUUCGACGUCCUUCCGCUAACCACGACUUUGCUAUGAAGAAUGGCUUACCCAUCGAUACCGAAGAUACUUCCGCUGCCCUUCAUCCAGAUGUUGCCGCAUACGCUGCAGCAGCGGCUGCCUAUCAAGACGCUCUGGUCAUGAACUCUGCCUCCUUACCCGGUACUCCUUACGCCGCUGUCCGCCCCUCUUACGCACUAGGAGGAUUGGCCACCCCGCAAACUCCACAAAUGGCUCUAGGAGCUUUCACUCCUACCGCACAUGCCUUGUUGAUGCAUCAGCACCAGCUUACAACUGCCAGUGUUAACAGCCAUUUGGGUAAUGUGCCAGCCCGUUAUAUGGCAGGUGCACGCCCCUAUAAUUCCGCUCCACUCCCUUCUCCUCCGGCGACUCGCCCUCCUUACACGCGGAAGCGCUCAGUGACCUCUGACGGCUCUACCUCAAGUGGCUCAGCUACGACCGAACGUCGAGGCUCUGGCGAAACGACAGCUUCUGGUAGCCCUACAAAGAUUGACCGAGAGCUGAAGAAGAUGAGUUUAUACAAGACUGAGCUCUGUCGCUCCUGGGAGGAAACUGGUACUUGCCGCUAUGGAAACAAGUGUCAGUUUGCGCACUCUGAAACAGAGCUCCGGCCUGUGGAUCGUCAUCCCAAAUACAAGACCGAAAUGUGCAAGACUUUCUGGGAGAAAGGCACCUGUCCGUAUGGCAAGCGGUGUUGUUUCAUCCAUACUGAGAAAGAUGUAGAGAAGAAACUUCAAGACAUUGAUAAGAAGCUUAUCGUUAUUCGCAAGCCGGGUGAUGAAAAGGCAGCUGGCCUAUCUGUGCAAACAAGGGAUCGCGCUCGUACGCUGUCUAGCAGCCAUGAGAGCACCAUGGGGGUGGGUGAUGAGCCUGACGACAAUGUGCAGUCGCCCACGCAUGCAACGUUUGUCAAUUCAGCUCCGCCAAAGUCUGUUACGGCAGCUCCGACGCAUCUCUAUGACCACCGCGCCAUUGCCGAUGCCUACUUUUCUGGCCGUCGACCGUCGGUAGACAUUGCCCCGAUGGCGGACGGUUAUAGCGCUCAACAAGAUCAAGAUGUUGAGCAUCUCAACAAGAUGCUCCGUGAUACACGCCUCGGCUCCCCUACGGAGGUGGGCAUGGUCUCACUUCCGUUAGCUGGCUAUACGGAACAACGUCGACUGAGCUAUGCCGAAAUGCGUCAUGAAGUCACUUUUGCCGAGGAGGCAGCCAACUACUCUGACUUAUACCCUCAUCAUGUCCAACCGCAUCUGCUUGCUCCUCCAGUCCCCAAUUCGGUCAUGUACGAUGCCAUGGCGAGCGGAAACCAUAUACCCAGUGUUCAUUCGACCUCUUCCAAUGCGAUGGCGACGCCACCUCGUGAAAGAACCCGUCGCGCUCGCUCAGUGACGCAGCCUAGUACGCUCAUUACUCCCAACCAGCGCUCAUGGGUAAAAGGACGUUCCGAGAGCUUUAGCGGAUUUUUACCCGGGAGCCCGCUCCAUAUUGACCCUUCGACAGGCAUGAUUACCGAACAGCACUAUUUGUCGCCUUCGAGCCCGUCUACGGCGUAUGCCACCUCGAAAGGCAUGACAUAUCAGCAGCAUGCUCAGCUCCUGUCACCCCCUCCGUCUGGACAUCCUUCGCCUGUGCGUGAGACGAUCAUAGAGGAGGAUACCUUGAACGAGGAUGAAGCUCAAUCUUAUUCGGAUGCCGGACAUCGUCUCCCUAUCUUUAAGAAUAUUAAAAAGGUCGCUGUUUGAAAAAGAGCGUUAGAAGGGCAGCCAAGGAGAUAUCACACUCCAUGACGUCUCCAACUGCCUAUAUCAACGUUUAUUUGCGCGGACCUCUCAGGACAAGUGAUUAUUCUUUAUGUUGCUUGCCCUCCUCCCCCAGUUGAUUGCUGAAUUUGCAAUCCGUUGUAUACACACAUCUUUUUGCGAUUUUCUAUUUAUGGAGAGUUGGAACGAAAAAAAAAACAGGAUUGGGUAUGGAAGUUAGGUUUUGAGUACUUGUCUCGCUUUCUUUUUUUGCAGUAUCUUGGAAAGUUUUAUGUAGGAGGUAGAUAUAUUUUUUUUUUUUUUCGCUGUGUAUUUCUUGUUAUUUUUUCAGAGGGGUGGAUUCCUUUUUUGUGCAGGACCGGAGAGAGGGGGUAUCUCUUAUAUGUUAGUAUCUUUAUUUCAUCUAUUGGUGUAGUUCCUCUCGCUCUUGUUGCUUGCAUUGAUGGGUUUUUAUAGUUUUUUGUUGUUUCUUUUUUUGAUGAUGGCUGUUAAAUUAUCAAUAUAUGUGAGUUGAAAUGUG